AGGGUGGGUGCAAGAGAAAAGUUAGCUGAGCUCACAAGAUCUCACAAAUCACUUUGUCACCAGCAAGCUGUGACAAGCAGCCACGGGGAGGCAGAAAGCAGUUAAAAGGAGGUGUGAGGAGGGAGGCUGUGUCCCAGCUAGAAGGCGCAGGCAGGGAGAUGCAACAGGCAAGAAAAAUCAGGUCAAAGCCAAUGGAUGGAUAGACGGACGUUCAUCUCUACUGCUGAGUCUGCAGGACAGAGAAGGUGUGUCAAUGUUUGAACAACAUUUCUAGUGAAUGUUGACUUUGAUGGUGACAGAGGAGGACUGCAAGAUCACAUGCUCAAAAGGGAGAGGAAUAUAUUUUUCAUAAUGGCCAUCUUUGCAACAAACAUCACUCUUACUUCUGACUUGGAGUGAUUGACCAAGAAGAACCCUCUUUUCCAUCUGAUUGGCCUGAUUGGACUUGACUUUGUGUUAAAUACUCCAAAGUGGUGUGUUAACGUGUGUUAAGGAGCAGAGGAAGUAUAUUUUUUUUGCUGGGCUGAGUCUGUAAAAACAUGUGAGGAGAAACAGUCUGGUGAGCUGAACAACGCUGAGCCGACACAUGGAGUUUGUCUGCUAGUAGACCAUCCAAGUAGAAUAUACACCAUCAGCAGAGGUUUCGCUGGCUUUGACUCACGUUUUUUGUAUGUGCGAGCGCUUUGACAGCUCACACGCUCAAAGCUCCAACGUCCGUCUGCCCGCCCUCCACCUGCUCCUGUGCAGAGAGAGAGACACCCAAAUGUUAGGAGCUAUUCAUAGGCGGCACCAGCAGUCCUGAACCUUCUCCACUCUCUACACUGCUUUAAUUGUUCUUCUGAGCGUAAACACCUUGCGUCAGUCACACCUUUCCGUGGGUGAUUCAUUUCAUCCAAGGUGGGACGCAGCCAGAAGGGAAGACGUGAGGCAGGACUCAGCCAAGGCACAUCUCCAGUGGCACCAUGAAGGUGGCCCUCCUGAUUGUUGUGGUGGUCUACAUGGUAGCCAGAGGGAGCAGCAUGUCUACAUGUAAGACUUUGGACUUGGAGAUGGUGAAGAAGAAGCGCAUCGAGGCCAUUAGGAGUCAGAUUCUCAGCAAGCUGCGUCUGCCCAAAGAGCCUGAGGAGGAUCAGACCGAAGAUGAGGAGGAGAUCCCCCCUACUCUGAUCUCGCUCUACAACAGCACCAAGGAGAUGCUGAAGGAGCAGCAAGCUCAGGUCCAGACAGACAUCUCUAUGGAACAAGAGGAGGAGGAGUACUUCGCCAAGGUGCUGCACAAGUUUAACAUGACCAAAAAAAAUGACUUGGACACCACCAAGAAGUCUAAAAGUGUCUCCCUGUUCUUCAACAUCUCUGAGAUUCGGGCAAGUGUGGGCGAUUACCGCCUGCUCACCUCCGCUGAGCUGCGGAUGCUCAUCAAGCAGCCGGCGAUACCAGACGAGCAGCGGGUUGAGCUGUACCAUGGUGUGGGGGCAUCUGCGCGAUACCUGGCUUCCCGUUUCGUCACCAACCAAUGGAAAGACAAGUGGUUGUCCUUUGAUGUCACAGAGACCUUACAGGACUGGAUGAAAGGCAAUGAAGAUGAGCAGGGAUUUGAACUUCGGCUCUUCUGCGAGUGCAGUCAGAGGACCACCGAUGCCACUUUUAGCUUUUCCAUCUCGGGGAUCGACAAUGAUCGGAGCGACAUUGGAAUGUUAAAGCAGAUGACACAACAGCCACCUUACAUCCUGACCAUGUCCAUCCCACAAAACGCCAGCAGCCACCUCACAUCACGCAAGAGACGUGCCACGGACACCAGGGACACCUGCACGGCCCAGACUGAGACCUGCUGUGUGAGGAGCCUGUACAUCGACUUCAGGAAAGAUUUGGGCUGGAAGUGGAUCCACAGGCCGACCGGCUACCAUGCCAACUACUGCAUGGGCUCCUGCACCUACAUCUGGAAUGCUGAAAACAAAUACUCCCAGAUUCUGGCCUUGUACAAACACCACAACCCUGGAGCCUCAGCCCAGCCAUGCUGCGUCCCUCAGGCACUGGAACCACUUCCGAUUCUUUACUACGUUGGCAGGCAACACAAGGUGGAGCAGCUGUCCAACAUGAUCGUCAAGUCCUGUAAAUGCAGCUAAAGCUAAGCGCUACACUGACAAGACAUGGAAGACUCCUGCUUUGGGAACACUGAAGGUGAAAAUGUAAGAGUUGAUAUGAAGAACUUACUAUUCCUCCUGGGAGUCACCUCGCCGUGUUGGACUGACAUCAUGAACUCAGUGAUUAUAUUGUCUAUAGAUUUUUUAACAUUACAGUUGUGAUUAAUUUAUUUGUUGGACGGACAGACGUGUACAGGUGUCACACCAGGACUAAAGUGAUAUCCAUGGAAAGACGAAAUUAUGAUGUUGGACAGUGUUGUGCUUUUCCUGGAUGUCAUUUUUUGGCAUGGAAAACAGCUGUUGUUGGGGGGUUUUCCCAGAGGACAUCACUGCAGGCGUGUUUGCAGACCUGCACUAUAAAGGACAGCAGGUGAGUGCGGGGACUGUCACAUAGUGGAAACUCCCUCUGACAGCUUUUACUUUUGUCAAACCAUGUAAAGUCUUUUUAUAUUGUUUGUUAUCAUGAUUGAAUGUCAGAUUGUACAAAUGAAGCUUUCCACGUUGUGCCCCCCCACCUCAUUUAGACCGCCAUAGCCAGUUUUAUUGCCUUAUGUUUCAGGUUUGUAGUUUUAUCUAACACAUGAGACUUUUUUGCACAUUUCACUCGUUGCAGAGUCAUGUGCUUUAGGAAUAAAGCGACAUUGUUUUACAAUGCACUUCAUGUUUGAAUGUUGUUGUAAAUAUAAAUAAGAAAAUAAA